UUGCACGCGUUUCAUGCUUUAAAUGGUUCAUCCAAUUCGCAACUGAAGCAGUCGCGCUUAUGAACACGAAUCAAUUACUGGACCCGACAAAGGCCUUCACAUCAAUCGGGGGAACAAACGUGACCAAGAUGGGAACUCCUCGGAGUUUUCGCUUCUACUACGACCUUAUAUCCCAACCAUGCCGUGCCCUGUUCAUCUUCCUAGAACAAAACGGUAUUCCGCAUCAAAAGUGUCCCGUUGCAUUACGGAAGUGGGAACAUACCACAUCUGAAUUUCUGACGAACGUGAACCGCUUUGGAAAGGUUCCCGCCAUCGUGGAUAGCGAUAAUUUCAAGCUAGCGGAGAGUAUUGCUAUCUUGCGCUAUCUCGCCCGUGAACAUUCGAUUGCGGAUCAUUGGUAUCCGAGGGACAGCCGGGCGAGAGCUAGGGUGGACGAGUACUUGGAGUGGCAACAUUCCAACACCAGAGCGCAUUGCGCUGGUUACGUGCGAUACGUUUGGCGCGGACCGCUGCGUGGGGAGCCCAUGGAGCGUCCGGUUGCGGAAAAACUCCACAUGCAGAUGGUGGACUGUUUGGAUUUCAUAGAGAUGAAUUUGCUGAACCAGGACAUGCAAUUCAUUGCAGGAGAUGAUAUCUCGAUUGCCGAUCUGGUAGCGGCGUGUGAAAUCGAACAGCCUAAGUUAACCGGUUACGACGCCCGUGUGGGAAGACCUAGACUGUCUGCUUGGAUCCAGCGUGUGAAGGACUACACACACCCUAACUACGGUAAAGCACACGCAGUUUUGAACAAAUUUGCGCCAACCGUCACAUGAGAAGGAUUAUGUUAAGUUCCGUUUCGAAUGAGCGUUAGAUCUAUAUUUUAAGUAGUAUGAUUAUUAUUAUUUCAGUGCUUUAAAAGUUAAGUAUGUAGUCAUGUAGGAAAUAGGAAAAUAUACUUCUAACAAAAAUUGAUCCACGUGAUGAUCAGCAAUUCGUUGUUCGAUGUGGUUGAGGAUAUCCGCAACAGUCGCCUACAUUUAGCCUGUAUACAAUACAAAUGAGUUCAUUCAUUUGACAUUAUUCAAAAAAUAUUUUUCAAAAAAGUCACAGAAGGGUUGUGUCCGAGACACGACCGCAUGGUUGACGUAGUAUUCCGUUAGGCUAUCUGUUUAUUUUGGAUAUGUUUGGAUAUGGAUGAAAAAUUACAUCGUUAAACUCUUUGAUAAUGAUUUUGUGCCUCUGAAAAGAACCGUUUUUUUUUAGUUGUUGGGUAUUGUUUGUUCACUCCACCAGUGUUUACCGAGUGAUGAUGAUAGAAGGAUGGUAAACAGUCGGCAAGAUAUGAUGAAAACCGGCUUCUGUGAUCCUAGACGAGUUGCCACCUGUGUUAUGUUUGGAUGAAAUAAAGAAAAAAAAACUCACCAAUGUAAUAUAAGAUGAUUACCAAUACCGAACACAAUUAUGAAUUUUUCUCAUUAGUAAAAACAUGUUACUUUAAUAUAGAGAAAACAUAUUUCAAAUGGAAAAUCUAAUUUUCUUUUAUAAUUUUUACUUUCUGAAUAUUUAUUCAACCCGAUGCAUUUUAUUUGAACUAACAACAACUAAUACUAUAUGUAGAGCAUAUGGAAAAUCACUUUUUCUAAUAUUUUUUCACUUUUCUAAUUUUUCUCAUCAUAUAAAAUUUCCUUGGGUGAAAAUGAACACAACAAAACAGACAGCUUAAACCAAAUGACCC